AGAAUUACUGUUAGAAGUGAGUUUGUUUUUAGAAGGUUUUGAAGCAGAUAAGAACACUUAUCACCUAGAAAAACCCAUACUUUUUUUUGAACGGACCGCAGUUAAAUGGCCAUCACUCUCAGUCUCGGCCUCAGCUUCUCCGGCGCCGGCGUUACCACCUACCGGAAAACCUCAGCUUUUCCAAAACCCACCAGCUAUACCACCAAAAUUCGCUGCAUAGGCUGGGACCCAGAAGGAGUACUGGGCCCCCCAAGUACAGGUCACAUUGCGAGACGAGAGUUCCAACAACGUCUUCAGAAGGAUGCUGGUGCUAGAGAAGACUUUAAGCGUCAGAUUCUUGAAGAACAAGAGCGUCUUCGAAAUCUCAGAGCUGCUCGUGUGGUUCCGGAUACUCCUGCGGGUUUGAUUGAGUAUUUUCUUGAUACGGAAGCUCAGGAACUUGAAUUCGAAAUUGCCCGGUUGAGGCCUCGGUUGGAUGACGAAUUUUUUGCUUGCGUAAAAUUUGAACUCGGACAGUUGCGUUUUGCGGUGAACAAAACACAGGAUAUGGAAGAUAGAGUGCUUGAGCUGGAAGCACUGCAAAAAGCACUUCAGGAAGGAACAGAAGCCUAUGAUAAGUUGCAAACUAACAUUGUCAAGGCAAGAGAAAGAUUGACGAAGAUAUUGACAUCAAAGGAUAUAAAAGCGACUUUGCUUGAGAUGCUUGAACGCAAUGAGCUCAACAAAUCCCUGUUGACACUUCUUGAUGAAAACAUAGCAAGUGCGCAGAGAAGCAACCAGAAAGAAGCAGCUGAUUUCAUGGAAAAACUUCGUGGGGCAAUGUUGAAGUACAUUACAGUAUAGUAUCUGUAAAUUUUUGAAAUUUUAGUAUUGUUACAUCGGCUAUAGGAAGUGAGUAUUUUUGUAACAUGCUUUUUUAUAGUGUCCUUUUUCACAAUUGAAUUUUACAUAACUAGGUGUUUAAAAUAAUUUUAUACUGUGACAAUGUAUUUUAAUAUGCACUGAAAUGUAUCUGUUAAUUUACAUAAUAAAAGAGUAAUUCAAAGGAAAUCUGGAAUCCUUUUUCCCCAUCUUUAGUGCGACUGGUUCAGCAUAAUGCCAUAAUCUCAAUUACUAUUUUUACCUUUCAGUGUUUUACGAGAUAAUGAGCUUUGUUGCUAACUUGUAGACUUGUAGGGCGUCAAAGACCAUACCAGGUGUUAUUUGAUCUUUACAUAAUUUAGAGGUUAUACGUCUAACUGUGGAUGGUGUUGAUCAUGAAGUCAAAAUGUCCAAGGAUUUGGUUAAACUGUUGGCCCCUUACCCACACCCUGUUUUAACAGAGAUUUUAUCUGCUUUUUAGGUUUAGCUGUUACUAGAUAUGUAUUAAUAAUGUGUGUGUUAGGGUCCCUUUUAUCAAAGUUUUCUUAAAGAAAUAUAUGUAUUGUUAGUUUGGAAUACGAGGCGGAGACCUCUGCAUUUUAUAUAAACCUUCUAGUUCUAUAUUUAGUUUUCAGAACUCUCCAUUCUUAUCAUCUGCUUUGCUGUUACUGUUUAUUCAUGGUCAUCUGUAGCUUUUGAUUUUAUAUAUUGUUUAGUGGAAAGAAUGAGUUAUAUAAUGAUAAUAGACAUUAUUCAUGUGUUGACUUACUUGAAUUCCGGACUAGCAUCAAUGCUUAUCUCCUUGGACAGUCUUAUUUAUUUAAUUUUGUUCCUGCUGCGGUUUACAACCUUGUGUAAAGAAUAGAAUACUUGGGAAUACGAGUGCUGGGAAUGGAACCACCACAAAGCUUUACUGGUGACUCAUACUUCAAAUCCCGGAUUUAUUGCAGUUUACUCUUUAGGGGAAGAAGUAUAUCACUGUUAUUAAAUUAACAUUUUUCCGCAUCUUUCGAGAGAAUUUACACUAUUUAAAGCUUCGUUUUUAUUGCCUUAGUCAUCAUCUUUCUUCUAUCUGUUCCAAGGAAAUGGCGAGUCUUGGCCUUUACAUGUUGCUAAUCUUCUCUUGUCAAUACACAAGUAAAACCAGGGGGUCUGUUGUGACAGAUUCAAAACCCAGCGCCACAAAUUUCAUCCGGACCUCGUGCACGGCUACUUUCUAUCCUGUAUUAUGUUUUCAGUUGCUUUCAAUCUAUGCUGGUAAAAUCCAGCAAAAUGAGCACGAACUAGCUCGAGCUGCCCUGUCUGUGAGUCUUGCCAAAGCUCAAUCAACCACAGUGUUCGUCUCUCGGAUGCCUAAAGUGCCAGGAAUAAAGCCAAGGGAGUUUCAAGCAGUCAAGGACUGCAUUGAAAAUAUGCUCAAUACCGUCAAUCAGCUUAACCAUUCGAUGAAGGAGUUUGAUCUCAUGAAUCGGGUCAGGGUUCAGGACUUUGCGUGGCACAUGAGCAAUGUGCAGACAUGGGUUAGUGCUGCUGUCACAUAUGAAAACACCUGCAUUGAUGGCUUCUCCGGGCCUCUCUUGGAAGGAAGGGUGAAGGCGGCUGUCAAGCGAAGGGUCUUUACUGUUGUUCAGGUCACUACUAACGCUCUGGCACUGGUGAAUCAGUUCAUGGAGCGACACCAAGCUACUAUUGCUCCCAUCAAUAUUCCCUAAAAUUUGGUUUGAGAACUCAAUCAAACUCGGCCUCAAGUGUUGAAGAACAUAUAUGUAUUAUAAAGCAGAGAAAAUAAGUGUAAGAUAACAAGUGUACAGUACAUAAUAUGUAUAUGAUCGAGUGUCUGAGGAUACUUCGUAAACUGUAAUGCACUCCUCUCUUUCUUUCCUGUUCUGUAGUAGUAUACUAGUAUGUAUAUAACAGUUCAUAAGGUUUAUUUUAAUUUGCA